UCACAUAUUAUAAUCCAGACAGUCAUGUCAUACUUCAAGAUCUACUAUGGGCAGUUCUCCAUCUAAAGCAGUUCGUACGCUACCCAAGGAAAAGUCGUCAUGGGCAGGUUCUCGUACACCCUUCAAACAAGACAGUGCUCAAGAAAUACGACGUCCAAGACCACUGGCAUUUGAAAAUAAAACUGAUGCGGUUGAGGCUGAUGCCAAAGACCCUCAAUUUAUGUCCAAGCUAAGCCAGCUAGGCCCUGUGCGCGUUGACCACCACAUGCGGUCCGUCCGACCAGCAGAUUACGUCCAGCAGAUGUAUCGUUCUCGCCUUCAGUCUGAAGUGGAGGCUUUGCCGUCACAUUCUACUCAAAAUCGUUUACUGGCCUCAUCAUUGAGCGAAUUACUGGAGUCCCGGAAAACAGUCAAAUCUCAAGCAGAACUUCAGGCCUUAGCAGGGCAGUAUCAUAUCGACGUCACCAAGCUGGACGAGCUUGCAAAGUUUAUCAACACACCCUCCAUUGACGAGAGCACCAUAGUCAGGAGCAAGAAUCAGGAUGGGGAAGAAACUCUGACAAUGAUGGCGAGUCUGUCAGUGUUCUACUAGGAGUACGAGUGACAUUGUGAUACUCAGGCUCGUUGGGUCGGCCCAAAACUUGAAACAUGAGGAGAGCGAUGAUCUUUUGAUUGUCCCCCACUUUCUGUGAUGAUACAAGUCCCAUAGUACUUAAAAUAGAGAUGUGGAAAUGAUGGAGAAAAUUACAAUACAAAUGACG